CGAUUUUAUUCCAUACGUUCUUCCUUUUCAUUUAUCUUUCUCACUCAAGAGAUUUCAACUCUGUUUGAUUGAAUCGGCUAAAGUGAAGCUUUUACUUGAAUCAUGGCUUCUCGUAUUGCUAAUGAUGUUACCGAAUUGAUUGGGAACACUCCAUUGGUGUAUCUAAACAAUGUGGCGGAAGGAUGUGUUGGUCGUGUCGCUGCUAAGCUCGAGAUGAUGGAGCCUUGCUCCAGUGUCAAAGACAGGAUUGGUUUUAGCAUGAUUUCUGAUGCAGAGAAAAAGGGUUUUAUUAAACCAGGAGAGAGUGUGUUGAUUGAGCCAACGAGUGGAAACACCGGAGUUGGGUUAGCAUUCACGGCGGCUGCCAAGGGAUACAAGCUUAUCAUUACAAUGCCAGCUUCAAUGAGUAUUGAGAGAAGGAUCAUUCUCUUAGCUUUUGGAGUUGAGUUGGUUUUAACUGACCCUGCUAAGGGCAUGAAAGGCGCUAUCGCAAAGGCCGAAGAGAUUCUGGCCAAAACACCCAAUGGUUACAUGCUCCAACAGUUUGAGAACCCUGCCAACCCAAAGAUCCACUAUGAGACUACUGGACCUGAGAUAUGGAAAGGCACUGAUGGAAAAAUCGAUGGCUUUGUUUCUGGGAUUGGUACUGGUGGUACCAUUACAGGUGCAGGGAAGUAUCUCAAGGAACAGAACCCCAACGUUAAGCUUUAUGGUGUGGAGCCAAUUGAAAGUGCUAUUCUAUCCGGUGGGAAGCCAGGCCCUCACAAGAUUCAAGGGAUAGGUGCUGGUUUUAUCCCAGGUGUGUUGGAGGUUGAUCUUAUAGAUGAAGUUGUUCAAGUUUCAAGUGAUGAAUCCAUUGACAUGGCAAGGCUUCUUGCUGUUAAAGAAGGUCUUCUUGUGGGGAUAUCAUCUGGUGCAGCAGCAGCCGCAGCAAUCAAACUCGCAAAGAGGCCCGAAAAUGCCGGGAAGCUUUUUGUGGUAAGUUAUUUGGGUUAUGCAUGCCAUCACCAUCACCCCCUAAAGCUUUGAAGCUCUCAUAUAAACAAACCAAGAAGCAAUCAAACUGAGUCUUUAUUGUGUUACUGAUUCUGAGGUCAAAAGAACUCCACUGAAUUUGUUAUUUUGCAGGCGGUGUUCCCCAGUUUUGGAGAGAGGUAUCUGUCCACUGUACUAUUCGAUGCCACAAGGAAAGAAGCAGAAUCAAUGACCUUUGAGGCUUGAGUAUUCUCAGCUGAAAAUUUCUCUGUUUCUUUUCAUUAGAGACGCCAAAAAUAAAAGAAAGAUGUUCAAUUUUCUCCUAAAGAGAACCUUCAUCUUCAGUUUCAGUGCGUCUUUGUGUGUGUUUCUGUAUCUUUUGUAUGAGGAUAAAAAUCGAUCUCUGUUUUCCUUUGUGAAGAACACAUUGCUGUCAAUAAGUUUUGAGUUUAGUAUGUCACUUUUUGCUAUCUAUCUUUGAUUUGAGUUUUAUAGUCAUAAUGAUAUAUCAUCGGA